AUGCCACCCCGACUGAACAUACCGCCAGUGACACGCAUUCUGCUCGUUGCGCUGAUUGCGCAGUCUACCCUGAGCGCGGCGGUGCGAUACCGACAAUGGUCAGCCCAGUCCGAGAUCGUCGUUGAAUGGCUGACCCUCGUCCCACAACUCUCACUCUUUUACCCGUGGACCUUCGUCACCACUACUCUGGUCGAGAACAAUGUAUUUACGGCUACGCUUGGUGGUUUUACAUUGUUUCACGGCGGACGCUACCUGGAGAGAGCCUGGUCGUCGAGGGAAUUUGCCAAGUUCCUUCUGGUGUCGUCCUUGAUACCCAACCUGCUCUGCUUCUUAUCUAUGGUCAUGCUAUUUACUCUCUCUCGCAAUGAGAGAUGGACGCUGACGACAAUCAAUGGCACAAUACCCCUUCAGAUCUCGUUUCUGGUCGCCUUUAGCCAGCUCGUGCCGGCGCACACCGUCACCCUCUUCCGCGGCCUAGUGUCUUUACGCGUGCCAAGGUUUCCUUUGAUAUAUAUUGGCCUCGUGACGGUGCUCACUCCAACCCCGUUCCUGACGACCGCCUCCCUCUUCCUCGCAGUUUUUGGGCUGCUCACGAGCUGGACGUACCUGCGGUUUUACAAGACUGUAUUUCCCGACCUCGACUCGUCGCAACCGACUUCGAUGCAUGGAGAUGCAAGCGAGACGUUCGCUUUCGCUGAGUUCUUUCCUGGGCCCGUCAAGCCGUUCGUGGCCGCCUUCUCGGAGCAAAUAUUCAACUUAUUGGUUGCCAUGCGAGUCUGCACCCCAUUUUCGCAGACGGACCUCUCCGCAGCUCAGGGCGGCAACUACAUACAGCGAGGCGCAUCGGGUGGUGGCGUAAGAGCUGAAGCUGAAAGAAGGAGAGCUCUGGCUCUAAAGGCGUUGGACCAGAGGCUUCAUGCUGCGACAGGACCGAGUGCACCCCGGAGCCAUUCCCAGCCCCCAAGCCAGACUAGCGGCCCAACAGUACAGACGCAGCCACAGCCGAGUACUCAGACGGCCAUGACGACGCAACCGACCAGCAUGCUAGGCGAGACGAACUAUGUCCCUGAACACGACCACCACGAUCACCACGACCACCACCACAAGAAGGACGGAGCUUGA